AUGACCAAAAGUUCUCCCAAACACCUAGGCAGUAUAUCAGGUAAAGACUGGGUGAGAGGCUUCCAUAGACGUCUAAUUUUUCCUCCCUCUUAUAAAGGAGAAGAUAAUCAAUCACAGAUUGUCACUAGUAAAACUAGACAUAAACUGUCUGAAAUGUCUGCACGUUCUCAAUGUGGGAAACAUUUUAAAAAUAAAUCGUACCUUUAUAUGCAGAAGAGAAUUCAUGAGGAUGAAAGGUCAUUUCCAUGUUCAGAAUGUGAGAAAACUUUUAUUACAAAAGUAGAACUUGUUGAACAUCAGAGAAUUCACACAGGAGAGAAGCCAUUUCCAUGUCCAAAAUGUGGGAAGAGUUUUAAGCUAAAGAAACAUAUUAUCUUGAUCAACAUCUCAGAAGCUCACAUAGGAGAGAAGCCAUAUUCAUGUCCUGAAUGUGGAAAAUGUUUUUAUGUGAAAUCAUGUCUUGAUCAACAUCAGAGAACUCACACAGGAGAGAAGCAAUAUUCAUGUCCUGAAUGUGGAAAAUGUUUUAAUCAGAAAUCACAUCUUGAUAAACAUCAGAUAACUCACACAGGAGAGAAACCAUUUUCAUGUUUUAAAUGUGGAAAAUGUUUUUAUCAUAAAUCAAAUCUUAUUCAACAUCAGAGAAUUCACACAGGAGAAAAGCCAUAUUCAUGUCCUGAAUGUGAAAAAUGUUUUAUUGAGAAAUCAAAUCUUGUUCAACAUCUCAGAAUCCACACAGGAGAGAAGCCAUUUUCAUGUGCAGAAUGUGGGAAGUAUUUUAGUCACCAAUCACUUCUUAAUGUACAUCUGAGAACUCACACAGGAGAGAAACCAUUUUUAUGUUCUGAAUGUGGGAAACGGUUUACUAUGAAAUCACAUAUUAAUAUACAUCUGAGAACUCACACAGGAGACAAGCCAUUUUCAUGUCCUGAAUGUGAUAAGUGUUUUACUAUUAAAUCAAAUCUUAAUAGACAUCAGAGAAUUCACACAGGAGAGAAGCCAUAUUCAUGUCCUGAAUGUGAGAAGUGUUUUACUAGGAAAUCAAUUCUUAUUAAACAUCAGAAAACUCACACAGGA